AUGUCAAAGGCUGUUUCGCAAACCAACACUUCUCGUGUUAGUACAGAUGACGACAAUGACUACGAUACUUCGACAAUUACUGCUAUUCAAAGCCAUAAUAAUGAUAACAGAGAAGAAACGUCCGAUGUAUUGAAAUAUAUGAAGGAUGCUUCUGAAGAUGAGGAUGAAGAAAAUAAUGACGUUGUUGAAGCGGCUUUGGCUGCAGUAACUGCAACUACAAGUGAAAAUAAUAUAGUAAAUCUUGAUCCAUUUGUUCAAAGAUCUAAGAAAAUUCAAAAAGAGGAAAAAGAAAUGAAUAGAAAAUCUUUAAAACAACAUCAGUUGGAGGAAAGUCUUUCUCCUGUAACCCUAGGUGUAACUGAUACCGUACUUACCACAAAAGAUCAAGUUCCCAAAAGGAAAAAAAAGAAAAACAAUAAUAGCAAGAGCAAUAAAAGUGAUAUACAGCAACGUAGCAGCAAUGUUCACGUAAUUAAUACUGAUAAUAACGAGAAAGUCACUGGUGAUAUCACUUUUUCGAAUGAAAAUGCUGAUACUGUAUCAAGAAAAAGAACUAAUGAAUUUACUUCUGAUGUUGAGCACAACUACAAUUCGAAAAAAACCAAGAAACAAACAGUAGAAGUUGAUCCCGCUUUGACAAAUAUAGAUGAAACCGAAAGCAGCAAUGGUGAUAUUAAACCUAUCGAUGAAGAUUCCAACUCUAAAGAUAAUAUUAAUGAUCAGGCAUUAGGUGAAAUUGAUUACGCUGCACAUAUUGCAACUCUUUUGAAAAGCCAAGUUUCUGUCGUUUCUAAUGACAGCAAUAUUGGUGAAGAAAAAGAAGGACAAGACGUUACCGCUGCAAAUAAUAAAACCAAAGAUUCUGUGAAAAAAAAGGACGAGGCUAAAGAAAGUACGGAUGACUUAAUAUCAAAUGCCAAAGAUAAAAAGGAAGAGGAAAAGGACAUAACUAAGGAAAUCAAUGACAAAGCAAAUAAUUCUACUGCUGGGGCCACAGAAUUGAAAAGGACUGUUGCCAUGCCAGCUCUAGCACCAACACAUCAUACCAAAUCAAAGGCCUUUGAUAGUCAGGAGGAAAAUGCUAUCGACGAAUAUAUUUUAGAAUAUUGUGGUCAAAAGGGGUUUUCUAGAGAAGAUUUUUGUGAUAGGAUUUGGUCUAAUGGAGGUCGCAAAGAUGAUUUCUGGGUUAGAUUAUGUCAAGUGUUACCACAUCGAACUAGAUCGUCUAUUUAUAAACAUGUUAGAAGAAGAUAUCAUAUCUUUGAGCAACGUGGUAAAUGGACACCUGAAGAGGACACCAAGCUAAAAAAUUUGUGUUUAAUUAAAGAAGGUCAAUGGUCUUAUAUUGGUCAACAAUUGGGCAGAAUGCCUGAAGAUUGUAGAGAUAGAUGGAGGAAUUAUUUGAAAUGUGGCGAACAUAAAAAUGCUAAUAAAUGGACCAAAACUGAGGAGGAAAAAUUAGUUAAAGUUGUCACUGACAUGUUAAAGAUUUUUAAUAAUGUUACCGAGGGCGACAGUGAGCCACAAAGUUUAGAGAACAAACAAGCUGAUGGAAAUGAAAAAGCUACGAAUUCUGCCGAGGACACGGAUGAGAGUGCCACUAAAAAUAAUGGUAAUGAAAACAUUGACCUUGAACUUAUCAAUCAAAACGUCAAACAGGAGACAGAGGAAGAAAAAGAUGACGAAAAGCUACUAGACGGAAAAUUUAAAGAAAAGGAGAAUAUGGUUGACGAAAAUGAUAAACCAAUUAACAAAUAUAAUAAACGCAGUCAAAAAGUGAAAAAAACAGUUCAUCAUUCGCCUCCCCCUUCUAAUAUAGAUGUAACUAUGAAAAGACUAAAGAAUAACGUUACUAAUGGUGUUAAUUGGACGUUAGUUAGCGAACAGAUGGGCGGUACAAGAUCACGUAUUCAAUGCCGUUAUAAAUGGAAUAGUAUUAUUGAAAAGGAAGCUAUUAACAUUUUGAAUAACUUUGGCAGCAAUGAUAUUGUAAAUCUUUUGAACUGUAUUAAACAUGCCAAUGUUGAUUAUUUCCAUAAUAUUGAUUGGGAUGAUGUUGCCAACAAGUUUCAACAAGAAGGUGCCAAGCUAUCUCCUGAUAUGCUGAAGGCUUGUUUUAAAAGAAUGAGGAGAUCAGUAAAAAUACCGGAAUCCACCUCUUUAGCUGAAACACUUGAUAUUUUAUUUAAAAGUGAGCAAAAAAAGGCAAGUUCAAGUCCUAAAUAG